AACGGAUUUUCUUUUAGAUCUUUUUGAUGCUGAUGGCUGGUCCACAAAGCCGCUACACGGGUUUCACCGCCGUACCUAUGCUAGCAAACAGAAUGCGUGGUAAUGGUGUCAAGGUUUAUAGCGUAGGAGUCGGCCCGGCGAUUAUACAACAAGAAGUUCUUGGUGUAGGCGGCAAGUCUGAUUACAUCACCUAUGGUUCUGAUUAUGCAGGUCUUACGCCUCAAGCUGCAUCCCUUGCUACUGCGGUACAAAAGCAACGCGGCAGGUUUUUCGAUGUGGCGUUUGUUGCAGACACAUCUUCCAGUUCUGAUUGGUCAAAGAUCCAGAGCUUCUCUAAGUCCAUAGUCAAUUUCUUUGAUGUAGCCAACCAGGGUUCCCAUUUCGCAUACUUCACAUACGCCAACGGUGCCCAAAUGGGCUUCUCCUUCCCAAUACUUCAGAGUCCUGAUACACCAUACACCAAAGAGAAUGUAUACCAGUCUAUUUCCAACUUGCGCCCUUCAACCGGAAGGCAAAGAAAUAUCCACCUGGCUUUGUCAUUACUCAAUAGUGGUGUCUUUACAUCGAGGUUUGGUGCAAGAGCGGACGCAAGAAAGAUUGUAAUCAUCAUAUCCAGUGGUUCGUGGGAUACUCGAUAUCAGGGGACAGUUAACAGCUUAUUCCGAACAUUGAGUAACGCCGGAGUCCAGUCAUUCGUAUUAGGUGUUGGCCCGACAAUCAACCAACAACAACUCCAAAGUGUAGCCAGUAACCAGCGAUACGUGAUUAAUCCCAAGUCAUUUGAUGUUCUUGAUGGACAGACAUUGCCUCUAAUUCAAACAAUUAACUUUGGAAAAGUUCAACCUACAAAACAGAAGCCAAAAGGUCCUUUGGAUAUCGCAAUGGUUGUCGAUUCUUCCACUGAAAUUCCCACCGCAAACUGGGCUCAAAUCGUCAAGUUCCUUCAAGGCUUCGUUNGCAUUCGCAUUCCCGAAAGCAGGUGCGCCAUAUGAUACAGCGAUGGUUAACAGGCAAAUCGAUGCAGUUACUCCCAUUGGAGGAAGUGGAAGAAAAAUCAACCUUGCCUUACGUGAUGUUACGCAGCUGUUUACUAAUUCUGAGUACGGUUCACGGCCAAACUCCAAGAAGGAAAUAGUAAUAAUCACUUACGGUGCUUGGCCCACUUCAACAACACCUGAAGGUGCCGCCUGGCUUGCUGCUGCAGCUAAUCUCAGAAAGCAAGGCUUUGUCUAUACCAUUGGUGUCAGACCACAAGCAAAUGAAGCUCAACUAAACAAAGCUACGCAAAAUACUAACAGAGUCUUCAUGGUUGAUGAAUCUGGUGAUCUUGCUAAUCUCUGGAGAAGAUUUAUUUGGCGAAUGGUAUAUUGGAGAGAUGAACCGAGGCCAAAAGUUACUUUGGAUAUAGCAAUGGUUGUCGAUUCUUCCAAUGAAAUUCCCACCGCCAACUGGGCUCAAAUCGUCAAGUUCCUUCAAG